AUGACAAGAUCACACUGUAAAAGUAACAUCAAGACUCAAAGCUGCCGAGGUAUGAAAUCAGAUCAAUGUACAUUCGGAACAGAUAUUGCUCCAACAACAGCCUCCUUUAAUUUGAAAGGCUUUGAAGAUAAAAAGAAAGUUCACCGAAAAACGAAUCAAAAAUCAUUCCGAACAGAAGUGAGAAAUGUUUUUAAUGAUUUUAGUCGAAUUGAUGAUUUAGUAUCGAAUGGCAUGGAUCAAUGUCUAUCAAAGAAGAAGUCAAAGAGUCUGUCUUUAAAAGAAAAACAUGAAGAAUAUUAUGGAGCGAUGGAUUUAAUGAAAAUGAAAGAUCUAGUUUCAAGUAGAGAAUUGUCACUCACUCAUAAUAUUGAAAUGAAGAGGGAACUGCGAGACACUAUCGAAAAAGAUUUGGAAGAAUUGAAGAAAUCUUUGAAGGAAAAGAAGAGACAAGAAAUGAUUGAACAUCUUUUAGAGAAACGAUCUAAAAAAUCAGUAGAUAAAAUCAAGAAACAAAUAGAACGAGAGGGUGAGGAUGAGUUUUUAAAGAACAUUUCGAAUGAUGUAGAGUUAGACAGUUGGGAUGAAACCGAUAGUGAGACAGAGAAAUUAUACCAAAAAUUGAAAACUAGCUAUUUGAGAAGUUUUACUCCUGAUCAAAUUGAAUCUCUGAAAGAAUUGGAACGAUAUGAGGCUACUGAAAGUCCAAUGGUCUUCAAGCACUUCAGAAAGACGAAACUCAAGUAA